AUGCACGGCAUCGUUCUGUCGCCCGGCUGCUUCUCUGCUGCAAGAUGCGUGGAGGAGGAAACGGCUUCAGCCAAGCCGACCACCUACGAGCCCUCACAGCUGCUCUGCUCCGUCGGCCUUGCUGCCAGCUGUUCGCUCCUCAGGAUACCAGUCAGUGGUGCAGCAAUAUCAGGACAGGCAGGAGGUUGUGGGACGCAAGCAAGAACCACCCACUCAUUGUGCCAUCCGCCUUUGCAAAGCCGUGGCACGUUAUUGGAUCCCUCGCCAUCGAAUCCCGGCUCUGAUUGGAGCCUUACCUCCUCAUCUGCGACCUUAGAGACCGUCCCACUAACUCGUGGUUGCUACAGAUUUUUCCCUUCUCAUAUCCUGGUGCACAGCGCGAUUUCAGAGCCUCCGGCAGCUCAGCAGCGUAGUGUUGUUCCAUCACAAGAGGACAAUCUAAAACCAAAAUCAACAUGGCCAAAGUGGAUACCGAGCCCAACACCUAAGCCGACUCCUACUCCUCCACCCUUCAACUUCAACAACAACAUCCUCCUCCAUCUAGCUUGGGCUUUUGCUAAUUUCAUCCUGAUUCACGUAGCUGACGAUAGUUAUCGACCAAACAAUCGCGAGAGGUCUCGCUCUCGUUCCCGUUCUCCACGACGAAGCAGACGUCGUUCAUAUUCACCAAGACGAUCUCGUUCGCGUGACAACCGCAGAUCUCGCUCUCCAAUGUCGGGCGCAGGUGGUGCUGGUGCGGGCUCGGGUGGUUCAGCUUACGGCGGUGGUCCACACAGGACUUUCGAGGAACGCGCCGCUGCGAGAGAGCAGAUGAUGAGCAGUCUCCGAGAAUCUUCGCAACAAGACCGUCGUGUCUACGUCGGCAACUUAUCAUACGAUGUAAAAUGGCAUCAUCUCAAAGACUUUAUGAGAUCUGCUGGGGAGGUUUUAUUUGCAGACGUGUUGUUACUUCCAAACGGAAUGUCGAAGGUGGGCGCCUAUACCAUUGUAGAAUAUGCUACUAGGGAACAAGCUCAACAGGCUGUCAACACUCUCAGCAAUCAAAACCUCAUGGGGAGACUUGUCUAUGUCCGUGAAGACCGUGAGGCCGAACCUCGAUUUACUGGGCCACCCGCUGGUGGAGCCCGCGGCGGAUACGAAGGAGGACCAGGACGAGGUGGAUUCGGAGGAGGUGGAUUUGGAGGCGGCAUGGCUGCAGGAGGUGGUGGUGGUGGCCGCCAAAUCUACGUCUCCAACCUACCCUAUACGGUUGGAUGGCAAGACCUCAAAGAUCUAUUUCGCCAAGCUACUCGCAACGGCACUGUCAUUCGUGCGGAUGUCCACGUUGGACCCGACGGGCGACCCAAGGGCUCUGGUAUUGUCGUAUUUGAAUCUCCUGAUGAUGCCCGUAACGCUAUUCAACAAUUCAAUGGUUACGAUUGGCAAGGACGCCCUCUUGAAGUCCGCGAAGAUAGAUUUGCUGGAUCUGCUCCAGGUGGCUUUGGAGGGGGUCGUGGAGGCUUCGGUGCUCGUGGCGGAUUUGGAGGAGGCUUUGGUGCCAGAGGAGGGUUUGGCGGACGUGGUGGGUUUGGAGGUGGUUUCGGCGGUGGACGCGGUGGAUUUGGGGGGGGUUAUGGCGCUGGUGGUGGUGGUUUUGAUCCUAGUGCCGGAGGAGCUUCUUCUGCCCCACCAAACCCAUUUACCGAUUUCGCUACUGCAGGAACCGAAAGAAGCGAGAUCAUCUAUGUUCGCAAUCUGCCAUGGUCUACAAGCAACGAGGAUCUUGUGGAGCUAUUUACCACUAUCGGUAAAGUCGAGCAGGCCGAGAUUCAAUACGAGCCCAAUGGACGAUCUCGUGGAACUGGUGUUGUCCGGUUCGAUUCUGCUGAGAAUGCCGAGACAGCUAUUGAGAAAUUUUCUGGAUAUCAAUAUGGUGGCCGGCCUUUGGGCUUGACCUUUGUCAAAUACCAAACUCCUGGUGCUGGUGGCGACGCGAUGGACACCGAGGCGACCAGUUUGACACAAGACCAGAUCAUGUAA